AGUUGUAGUUUUCAUUGGGCGUCGAGCCAUUAAAACCAUGCGGCUCAGAACUACGCUUCCCAAAUCUUUCUGCGAGGAUUGAGGGAGGCUGUUGCAAGGCUUUUUUCUCUUUAGUUGGGUAAAGUCUUGGGCAACCCGGGGAGAGUUGGGCUUGUCGCGAGUUCGAGGCUCCGUUGAACCGGGUCUCCUCGGAGACUGAGCUCGUAGAAGAAGCAAGUGGGUCGCCAGGGAGUAGAUCUGGUCUACUUGCACGCAGGAGGGAAAAAUGAACAAAGAUGCACAAAUGAGAGCAACUAUUAAUCAAAAGUUAAUUGAAACAGGAGAACGAGAACGCCUUAAAGAAUUACUGAGAGCCAAAUUAAUUGAAUGUGGUUGGAAAGAUCAGCUAAAGGCACACUGCAAAGAUGUCAUCAAAGAGAAAGGGCUAGAACAUGUUACAGUUGAUGAUUUGGUGGCUGAAAUUACUCCAAAAGGCAGAGCUUUGGUACCUGAUAGUGUAAAGAAAGAACUUCUACAGAGAAUAAGAACAUUUCUGGCUCAACAUGCCAGUCUUUGAGCCGUCCGUUUGAAUCUUCCCGUGCUUUAACACGCUGUGUUCAGUGAAUCACGUGAAAAACUGGGCAGACAUUUUUUCAUAUUUCAGGGUUCAAGUUCACUUAUUUUUUUUUUUAAUAUUUCGUUUACUUACUCCAAGUCCACUUGGAUAUCCUGACUCCUAAUGUUUUAAUAAAAGAGAACAAUGCCAACAA